AUGGCUCUGCAACCCUCCUUCCAGAAGGCCCUAGUCAUCGCGGGCAAGUAUGACGCCCCGCAUACCAUCGAAGUCUUUCUGGACUACGUCUGCCCGUUCUCUGCGAAGCUGUCGCUCGCCAUCGAUAGCGUCCUCCGACCGCUCUUCGCCCCAGGCGGCAAGUACGCCGGAAAGGUCAAGGUGAUCUUCCGGAACCAGGUACAGCCCUGGCACGCUAGCUCGACCUUCGUGCACGAGGCCGGUCUUGCGGUCGCGCGCAUCGCCCCGGAGGACUUCUGGAAAUUCUCCCUCGCGCUGUUCAAGGUUCAGGGCGAGUAUUUCGACAUCCCCACCUCGUCGCUCACCCCACUUCAAGUCCGCGAGAAGCUCGCCAAGCUUGUGGCGGACACGGUUGGCCAGGACAAGGCUGCGGGGUUCCAGGACCUGCUCGCGCUCAAGUCCUCGCCGAAUGGCGGUACAGCUGUCACCGACGACUUGAAGUACACCGUGAAAUUCUCGAGGCAGAACGGAAUCCAUGUCUCGCCGACGGUACUUUGGGACGGCCUCAUUGCGAAUGAGGUCUCGAGCUCUUGGGGCGAGAAGGAAUGGACGGAGUUCUUGGAGAAGAAGGUCACUGUCUGA